AUGGCGCCAGGGCUUGACGAGGAGGAGGUAUAUCUUACUCUGUGCCAGGUCUUCUGGGGACCGGCUGCUCUACUCCGCAAGGCUAAGAAAGUUGAGCAUAGGCUUCGGCUCUGCCAGCAGCCAAAUACAUACAACCCUGAAGCCGCUGCUUUGAUAGGGAAGUACCAGAUUAAGAACGUACUACCCGUCUGCGUCUGCCAGAAGCUUUUGAGAGCAGGAGUGUUUCAAAGUAGGAAAAAGGCAGAGGCUCGUUUCCCUGGCAUACUCCAUCCAGCAUUGAGUGCAGAAAAUAAGGAAGCAAAGAAGAAAAAGAAAUUCAAGGGCAAGAUGAAAGCCGAGAACAAAACAGUCGAAAACGAGACGAAAGUCGAAGACAAAACGGAAAUUGAGAACAAGGCUGAGGCUGAACACGAGACAGUCGAAACCCCAACAGCAAACCCAACCACCAGCAUUAGCUCAGAUGCCAUCGCCGAGGCGGCGAAUGGUGAGGCGAACCGUCGUCGAGAUCCCAACUUUGGACCCAUGGCUGACCACUGUCGCGCAGAUCAACCACUACCUGCGACUGCAAUCAACGCGGAUUCCCAAACAAUGGCAUCGGUUGCCGCUCCUGCUCCACAGCUGAACCUAACCAGUCGUCCGUUCGUGUUGUCUCAUCCGCAGACGGGCCCAACGUCUCUAUCGUAUGAGGCGCAACACGUCCUUCUUACCAGGGCCCAAGAAGUCCUCGAAAAGGCGUGUUUCAUCUACGCGACGCGACACAUGCCCCGUGUUCUCCAAGCACGACACUGGGACGUCCCCGAAUGUGGCGAGCUCAAUAUCUGGGCGCGCCUCCUCAAGACCGAGGCGAAGGCCAGGUUCAACAACGAGGAUCUUCCGUACCCGUACUUGAGCUGGGACAGCUUCUUCGAAUCCAUCGUCCACCUCCGUCACAAGGCCGUCCACCGCGAGCAGCUCAAGGGCAGCGACGUAGAGCUCUAUCUCCGUGACGCCGAGGCCCUCACGAGGCUCCUCCGCGACGACGAGGGCGCCGCGACGCUGGCGAGGUAUCGGGAACAGACCCGGAGAUCCCUGGAGCAGUUCGAAUUCUGCAAGAAGAAGCUUUCUACGAGGUUCCAGGCCAAGAUGGACGUCCUCAACGCUCGUCGCGCAGAGUUAGACGAGCUUGAGCGACGGGCCAACCAGCACUUAGUCCUGGCGGACAAGGAGGUCCGGGCCAAACUAGGCUCUGAUCUCAAGAAGGCGAUUAUGAAACCAGAGGUUCCGCAAAUCAAGAAAGAGCAAGAGGAUGAGGAAGAUGAAGAGGAAGAGAACAGCGAUGAUCUCGAAGACCACACGACAUCGGAUGGUAUCGGGGCGUUAUUCAACAACCUCGUGCUUUUAUGCAGACGUUUGAAUCGUGGUUGA